CUCACACCUUCUUGAUGACAAGGAUUUUAAGAGAUGUGAUCUUCCUUCACACUUACUUUGCCCUAAUUCCCAUGGACGCUCUGCAAACUGCUUCCUGUUGUCUCAGCACUGGAUUUAGAGGGAUAAAUUACUGUCUUGCUCACUGAGCACGUAGACAGCAGGCAGAAGUCAAAACUGCUGUGCAUGUAGUCAUUGUCUCAGUGGUGAAGUGUCUGCAACAUCACAUACAGCAGUGACAGAGGUCCCAGGUUUGUCUGCAGUGCAGAAAGAUGACUUCCCAGUGCAAGCAGCCCUGCCUGUCCCCCUCCACCUGCAUGGGGGAGGUUGCGCACACAGAGACAUGCACAUCACAUCGUGCCGUGGUGGACCUGGAUGCUUGCCCUGUGCAGGACAUGCCCCCCUGUCCUGAGCAGACUUUCCAAGUGGAUCCCUGCCCAUGUCAGGAUACUGCCGCCUGUAUGAUUGCCUGUCCUGAGGUUGGGCUCACCCACCCUCCUCCUGCUGUCUCCGUGCCUGAGGAUAUCUGCUGCCCUGAGCACACUGCUGCCUGCGACCCCAGUUCUCCUCCCUGUGUGAGUGCCUGUGUGUGCCCAGCAGUGGCCCCCUGUGAACCUGCUCAAAGCAAGGGAGGGACCAACUUCCCAUUCCAGCCCACAGCCUUGCCAGUGGAGUUCUGCACCCCUGAGACAGCUGGGAUGGGUGUGAAAACCUUCCCCGAGCAGUACUCAACCUCAUCAACGGAUCCCUGCACGGAGACAGUUGGCACUGGUGCCAAAGCUUUCCCCCUCCAGCACCGAAUCCUCACAGUGGAGCUCUGUCCCACUGACACAGGCGGGGCAGGCAUGGAGACCUUCCCCCUCCAUCAAGCAAUCUCACCGGUGGAGCCUUGCACCCCUGAGAUGGCUGGGACCUGUGUGGAAAACAUCUCCUUGCAGCACCCAAUCUCAGCUGUGGAGCCCUGCACCCUUGAGGUGAUUGAGACCAAUAUGGAAGAACCUUGCUGUGGGCAGGGUGUGAUCAUUGGUGAUCCCUGCCCCGAUCAGUGCUCAGUUACAUGUGUGGAUCCCUGUUCAUCCCAAAGUCCAGUUUGUAUGGAGCCAUGCAUGUCCCAGAGCACUGCAGAACCCACGGGGACGUUCGCAUCCCAGAGCCCAGUGGAGCUGUGCACUCAUGCAGACACCAGCUCUGCCAAGGGCAUGGUCAAGGGUAGUGGAGCCUGCCCGGCCCCUCAAACACCUUUCCGCUUGAACACCCGCACCACCGCCGUUGUGGAGCGCUGCCUUUCCAGGUGUCAAAACUGGCUGCGAGGCAAGAGAUAAGAGUGGCAUCAGUGGGCGUGCAGCAAAGGAGAGGUUUUCCUGCAUCACUGAGACCUCCUGUGUAAAUAAAUCAACAGAUGUCGUUCUCAAGACACUGUGCCAGAUCAUCAUGCCUGAAACUACAUAUAUCACCCAUGACAUUGUAAUAAGGCUCUUCUGUGAGUUAGAUUUGAUCUGUCAUGUUAGAUAUGAUCUGUCAUAUUAGAUUUUGGAAACACCUAUAAAUCAAACAUUAGUGAAGAUAGCUUAUAGUAACAUAAAUAUGACAACUAAAGAUGAACCAACAAGGAUGAUAAGCAGAAGAAUACUGUUUACUGUAGCACCAAAUAUACUUGCAAAGUCAGAUAAGCUCAGAUCAUUGUUACAAGAAGCUCUUUUGACACUUUAUUACUAGGCUGCCCUUUACAAAUCGUUGGGCUCUCCCACAUAAUCUAAGUUACAAAUAGAACCGCUCAUUACACACUUGCAUUAUGCUGGCUGGCACUUCCCCUCGCAACCCCAACAUUUAUGGUAAUGCCUCUAUGAUGUCCUCCAUCCCAACACAUCUGACAUGCAAGCACUCAUCUUCUGAUGCUCAGAGUUUGCUGGCAUCAUCCUGGGUGCUUCCAAGUGCAUACCAACAACAGUAAGACAAAACCUGGAGAGUGAGCCAUUUCCUCCCGCACAGGAACCACGGAAGCAAGCUUCCUUUCCUCAAGUGUCAUUAAGCUGGAAGUGUUCAUUAAGACCAAGGUAAAGAUUACAUUAGCUCUUUAAAGGACUCCACAGUCCAUCCAGGGCCAUAAACGUGUCAUGUUUUGUAUGAAAACUAAACCUAGAGAGACUUGUCCUUUUUGUUGGGUGCACUGAUGGUACUUUCUGCAAAUGCUUCUUUGUUCAAUCAAUCUGGGAGAGACAGAUGGUCUUUGUGGCUAGACAUCAGUGCCUCAAUCACAGUCCCAGGCCUGCAGUGCUGGUGGUUAGGAAGCAAAGCAGGAAGAGGACCAGAUCCAGCUAGAUCCUUUCACUGGUCCAUGUUACCUGGGGAUGUACUGUGUUUGCACCCUGAAAUUCAGGAGCAGCCUGUUCAUUGCCUUCUCCCAUCUCUUCAUUCCUGCUGUUCUCAUGUUCCCCAUUGCCAUGAUCUCCUCCCCUCACUCAUCUGUCAUCUGCCUUGUGACACCUCAUCAUCAUCAGGGUGGAGUGUAAUUGGUACAGCUGGAGAAGAGGCAUCAGGUGUAAUUGUGGCAUUUCUAACAUACCAUCAAGUAAUUUACACCUUUCCUAUAGAGGGAAAGGACAAGAUGCCAUCCAACCUGGCUUCCACCAAACUUUGCAAACAGAAGCCAAGGACUUCAUUUCUCAGGCAUGACCAACAAGGCUGACAGCUUUCAGAUGAACAUCUCAGCUGGUACCAAGAUGUAGGGCCACAUGCAGUACCCCAGGGCCAGUACUGCUUAUUUCAUGGAGCCAGGUGAGUCAUUCUAGGAAGCCAGCCUUUCAGAGCAGGUUAACUGCUCCAUGUCUGCACUAGAGAGCAGAGCCAUCUAGAGUCCAUAUUCUCCUGGCCAUAGUCACCAGCUCCAGAGGGUCUCCCAGGCAUGUAAGGAGGCUGAGAAGUCCAGUUAAAACAAGUAUGCUUGCACAUGCAAGCAACUCUUCAAAACACACACGAGCUGCACUAAGUGAAGCAUUUAUCAGAAAUAAUAGGUUCAGCCAUUGCCACAUCGACUCUGAAUUCCCGAUUUCUUCCUUCAUCCCAUCUUUUCCUCUCUGGUUUUCAGGCUCCCAUCCAGCCUCUUGCUGGGUUCAGGACCAAGUGAUUUCUGCUCAGGGGCUGUGAUUGGCUUUGUUUCAAGCAGGGCAAAGCUCUAAACCUCACCACAAACCUGCACCUAGGCAAGAAGAGAAUGGCUGGGAGACUGCAAGAGCCCAGCACACAAUCCUCUGCUCUCACCUUUGCCCUAUAAACAAACAGAAAUGCUGCUCUUAAACAAAGCAGGGCAAAGGCACAACUGAUAGAGCCUGGUUUCCAUUGAUUGCCCUGUGUCCAACAGCUCAAUGAAGGGAGAACUGAUUAAUCCUUUCUACUACAGCAUCAUGAAUUGAGCCUCUUCAUUAAACUAGUCGAAAUUCAGCAGUUGUUUGAACCACACCACUGUGCAAAUUAGCUUGCAAAUAACAGGUUAGGAUAUUAAAAUUGGAGAAUAGAAGCUUUAUUUCUUGGGAAAGACUAAAGAAAGAGGAACCCCUAUGAAAAAAAUAAAGAACAAUGUGACUGUGACUUCCCUGUCUGUACAUCUCUCUGGAAAUAAAAAGGAGAAGAGCAGGCAGGGCAGGCAGGAGCUGCACUCAUGCAGGCAGCACAAGUAGCACAGUACAGGACAAGGUGAUCUCCCCCCUGCUGCCAUCCCACAAGCCUUGUGCAAGCAGCUCCCAGACCUGCAUUGUUCACCUCAUUGGGCGCUUCCAUAACACAGCCAGACACACAUCACUGCCCAGCAAGUUCUGUCUUGCCCCAGAGCACCUGCUCUAGCCCUUGGCUUCCAGCCCAACACAGCACCUUGCCCAGCCAGAUACACCACACUGCCAGCCUGGCUUUGGUGGGGUUUCCAUCAGGUUAUGUUUCCUAACAUGACCUCUCUGCCCUUUUCCACCCUCUGCUCUAGAAAUCGCUCCCAUUGUUGGAGCACAACCACCACGGAGCACUUCUUGGUUGCUUCCUCUCCUCAUGGCCUCAAUGCUCCUGCAGUCAUCCUUGUGGCCAGAGCUGCUUUUCAGGACAGCAGACAGCAGCUUUCCACCCCAACCAGAGAAGAGACUAAACCUGGGACUACUUGAAGUUGCACAAAAUGGCAGCUUUCUCAAAAAAGCCCCAAAACCACAACAAAACAACCAAAAAAAACCCAAAAAAACCCCAAAACCUGGCAAUUCUAGAAAACCAGAAAUUCUCCUGGUGAUGUGCUGGGCAGUGAGGAAACUAACGGGCAAAGGCACCAAAAUUGUCCCCACCACCAAGGAGAGCAGCCAAAAUGAGUGCAGCUUGUGAAUCACUUCCACCACAGCCACAAGAAGUGACUCAGGUCUCCACCAAACCCUCAGCUUUCAAGUGGAGCAAGCUGGCAGAGACCAACACUGAGCCAGCUGCCCCAGCCUGUCCCAUCCCAUCCCAUCUCCUCCACUGUCAGCCCCAGGAGAAGGCAGCAAGCUCCACAGGUGGCAGAAGCAAACUGCUGCUGCCUCCAUCCCCAGCCAGACUCCCUGCACAUGGCUCCAACCUAAGAAUGAGACAACAGGGGAAGAAAAUCAAAGAGGAGCAUCACCAGCAUUCCUCCUCCUUACAGUGAAAAGCAGGUGCCUUGGGAAGGAGGAGCUGAGUGAUUUUCCACAAGGCAGAAGAGAGGAAAACAACCUUGGGCUCCACCUGAAGUUUUACACAUUACAAUACGGCAGGUGAACUUUAAGCCUGACCUAAUUUGUGGAUCCUCAGCCAUCACCAUGAUUGCUGAAUCACCAAAUCAGGUUGCCUCAGUUUCGCAGGGAGAUGGCCCAGCUCCAGGAAAACAUCAAUGGCAUCAUUGCUACUUUUUACAUGUAUGCCAGAAGUGAUGGCAACUGCAGCCCCUUGAGCAGGGAGGAGCUGAGGCAGCUCUUUGAGCAGGAGUUUGGGGAUGCGAUAGAGAACCCCCAGGACCCCCAAACCAUCAAGCAGGUUCUGUGCUUCCUGGAUGAUGACAGCAACUGCAGGGUUGACUUCAGUGAGUUGCUCGGCCUGGUUUUCUGUGUGGCCAAGGCUUGUUACAAGCCACUCCAGGCACCAGAAGAUGGUCAAGAGGUGACAUCACAAGAGAAGGCAAGUGGGGAGCAGCCAUCGGAGCCAUUCACAGCCCGUCACAGCCAGCAGGUCCCUGAGCAGGAUGUGGACAAUCAGGUUGAGGACACUGAGACACAGGACCCAGACAACUAUCAAACCCAGACCACUGAGACAUCAAAGCAGGACCAAGAUACCCAUAAAACCCAGGAGAGUGAGACACCAGAGCAGGAUGGUGACACCCACCAAACCCAGGAGGGUGAGACACCAGAGCAGGAUGAGGAUGCUCAUCAGACACAAGAGGCUGAGCCACCAGGGCAGGACUACAACACCUAUCAAUCCCAGGAAGGUGAGACAUUGAAACAGGACCAGGCAACCCAUCAAACUGAGGGUGAGACAACAAAGCAGGACAAGGACACGCAUCAGGAUGAUGGGACCGAAGUACCAGAAAGGGAUCCAAAGAGAAGUGAUAACCUGGACACUGCAACCCCAGUGCAAGACAGAAAUACCCAUCAGGCUGAAGAUACAAACCAGGACCCUAAAUUCCACCAGGCUCAAGAAACCGAGGCACCAGAACAGGGUUCAAACCUGCCUCAGAGUCCAAAGACAGAGUCUGCAGAGCAGGACCCAGAUUACCAUCAGCACCCUGAAGCCAAAGUGCUGGAGGAAGAACACGAUGGGCCAGAGUCUCCAUCUUGUCCAGCACAACGGCAACACGACACUCAUCACCAAAACCAACCUGCUAUAGAGCAACGGCUCCUGGAAUCUCUGUAUCAGUGGCCACCACAGCAGUAAAGGCUGAAACAAGCCUUCUCCUGAGGCUGUUGCUCCCUGCAAGGAGGUAAACUUUGCCCAAUCCCACCCUGGUUUUCUCAUUUCUGCUUGUCACAUCUUGUCCAAUUCCAUGUUAGUCCUGAGCUUCCCACCCCUGGUUUGUAGUGAGUUAUGCAUGAUUAGAGACCUUCCUUCUUACCCUGUGUUAGGCUACCUCUGCCUGUGUAAGCAAAGCAAUAAAACUGAAGGCAAACCA